GAUCUGUGCCUGUGCUACCUGUGUGUUCCCUGGAUACACCAAAACAUGUGACUGGGACUAGGAAAGAACAAGACCCUAAAACGUACAGUGAGGCAGUAACUUCCAUAGAUGCUAGCUUUUGGAAAGAAGCCAUUAGAAGUGAACUUGACUCAAUUAUGUGCAAUCAUACAUGGGAUCUAGUUGAUUUGCCUGAGGGAUGUAAACCUAUAAACUGUAAGUGGAUAUUUAAGAGGAAACUGAGACCUAACGGAACUAUUGAAAAGUUCAAAGCUAGGUUAGUUGUAGUUGGUUACACCCAAAAGAAAGGCAUUGAUUAUUUCGACACUUAUUCUCCUGUAACUAAAAUUGCAACCAUCAGAUCUCUUGUCGCCCUAGCAGCUAUUAAUGACCUUGUUGUACAUCAACUGGAUGUUAAAACAACUUUUCUGAAUGGUGACUUAGAAGAAGAAAUAUAUAUGAGACAACCCGAGGGUCAUGUAGUGCCUGGACAGGAGAAUAAAGUGUGUAAACUGAAGAGGUCCCUAUAUGGAUUAAAACAAGCACCCAAGCAGUGGUAUGAAAAAUUUAAUAAUACUGUGGUAGGGAAUGGGUUUACAGUGAAUGCAUCUGAUUCAUGUGUUUAUUCAAAAAUGUUUGGACCACAUUGUGUGAUAAUUUGUCUUUACGUUGAUGAUAUGCUUAUAUUUGGUACGAACGAGGAUGUAGUAACUAAAACCAAACAUUUCUUGUCCUCUCAUUUUGAAAUGAAAGACCUGGGAAACGUUGAUUUAAUUCUUGGUGUUAAGUUAACCAGGACUGAGAAUGGCUUUUCUAUGUGUCAGUCUCAUUAUAUCGAGAAGUUGCUGGAAAAAUUUAACUAUUUUGAUGUAACACCUGUGAGAACUCCCUAUGAUCCUAGCACUUCAUUGAAAAAGAAUGAAGGUUCUAGUAUCUCACAAGAAGAAUAUGCUAAAAUAUUAGGAAGUGUUAUGUUUCUCAUGAACUACACUAGACCUGACAUAGCAUAUGCAGUUAGUAGACUCAGUCGUUAUACUCAUAAUCCAAGCUAUGAACACUGGAAUGCUCUUCAUAGAUUACUCAAGUACUUGAAAGGUACAAUGAAUUGGUGUUUGCACUUUAAUAAAUUUCCUCCUGUUUUGGAAGGUUUUUGUGAUGCAAAUUGGGUUACUGACAAUGAUGAAGUUAGCUCCACUAGUGGCUAUGUCUUUACUCUUGGUGCAGGGGCUGUCUCAUGGAAGUCUGCUAAACAAACAUGUAUAGCAUGUUCUACCAUGGAGGCUGAAUUCAUUGCCCUGGAGUUAGCAGGCCAAGAGGCAGAAUGGUUGUGGAAUCUGUUAGCCGACAUUCCACUGUGGGGAAAUAAGUGUGUUCCUGUUCCACUACACUGUGACUCACAAGCUGCCAUCAGUGUUGCGAUGAGCAGUGUCUACAAUGGGAAAAGAAGACAUAUUCGCAUCAGACAUGCUUCUCUUAAGCUACUAAUUAAAAACAGCGUCAUUUCCUUGGAUUAUGUGAAAUCGGAAAGGAAUUUGGCAGAUCC